AUGAUCGAUCUUCUUAACCUUUUCUUCUCUUUUGAUUAUUUGGAUCUCUUUCUAGAAUAAGAUUUGAUUAUAUAUCCAUAUCAAGCACCAUUAACAUCAAAACUAGAAUUUAUUUAUAGGAUGCCACUAAUCACCCUAAAAUCUCUUGCACUCCAUACAUUGUUGCUAUUUAUUAGAAUGAUAAUGGCUAAUAUUUAUAGAAAACAAAUUAUAUAAAUUAAGGGAUGGAUAUUUGUUUCCAGAAAGAAAUUAAGGUUUCAUAAAUAGGAUCAGGAAUUUAAUGAAACGGUCAGUGAAUAUCAUCUCUCAGCCGUGGGUUCUCCUUGUAGUCUCAUGCUAGGUUAUUCCAGUUACAAUAUCAUAUAAAAAUUUAAAAAAUUUGUCCAAAAACCAAGCCCCCUAAACCUUUUCUUGCUUUCCAUUUUCUUUUUUCUCGGUUUUUUAUGUUUUGAGGAGAGGGAGAAAGAAAAACACGAUGGGAAAGAUACCUUGUUUGCUUCUUGUUUUCAUUGUAACUCUUUCACGUUCUGUAGCUCAAAGUCAUGGCAUCAAGAACCAAGGCGAAGCACUUGACAAUCUCUACAAAGCCAAGUUUAGUAGAGAUUCCAGAAUUGAUACAGGUCCUUUCGAGGUACUUGAUACGAGCCAAUUUGAGGUGAUGAAUAUGCUUUUAGAUGAAUCAGAAGUUCAUCCUCGUCAAAAGGGAUCAAAGGAGAAAGAUAGAAUCAAAAUGUUGCCCGGACAACCCCGUGUCAACUUUUCACAAUACGGUGGUUAUGUUACUGUUAAUGAAUCUGCAGGUUCAGCACUGUAUUAUUAUUUUGUUGAAGCUGAUCAACAUUCAAAGGAGUCGGCAUUGCCUCUUCUUCUUUGGCUAAAUGGAGGCCCAGGUUGUUCAUCACUGGGAUAUGGGGCAAUGGAAGAGCUUGGACCAUUUCGUGUACACAGCAAUGGGAAAACUCUUUACAGAAACAAGUAUUCAUGGAAUAAGGUUGCAAAUGUUUUGUUCUUGGAGUCCCCUGCUGGAGUAGGGUUUUCAUACUCUAAUGCAACAUCGGACUACACUUACACUAGUGGAGAUAGAGAAACAGCUGCACAAAAUUAUAUGUUCCUUGUAAAUUGGUUGGAAAGAUUUCCCGAAUACAAAGACAGAGAUUUUUACAUAGCCGGAGAGAGCUACGCGGGACACUACGUGCCUCAACUUGCAGAUACUAUUCUUCAUUAUAAUAAGAAGGCUAAGAGGAGUGUCGUCAACCUCAAAGGAAUCAUGAUUGGAAAUUCUGUGAUCAAUGAUCAUACCGAUAUGCAAGGGAUGUACGACUUCUUUGGAACACAUGCUAUAACUUCAAAUGAGAACUUCCGUAAAAUUCAACACUACUGUAAUUUCUCAAGUGCCGGUAGUUUAUAUAAAGAGUGCCAAGAAGCCAUGGGCAAAGCAGAUACAGAUGUUAGUGUCAUUGACAUUUACAACAUCUAUGGCCCCUCAUGCUUCAACAGUAAUCUCACGUCCAAGCCAAAGAAGACAUCACCGAUGAACUUCGAUCCCUGCAGCGAUUCUUAUGUAUUGGCUUAUCUUAAUAGACCGGAUGUCCAAGAAGCCAUGCAUGCCAAUGUGACCAAACUUGCUUACGAUUGGCAACCAUGCGGCGGUUUUAACUGGGUUGAUAGUGCCUCUACUGUUCUUCCCUUGCUAAAGGAGUUCAUGGCAAAUGGACUUCGAGUAUGGGUAUUCAGCGGUGAUACAGACGGAAGGGUACCAGUUACUUCUUCCCAGUAUUCAAUAAACGAGAUGAACCUUCCUAUUAAAACUCAAUGGCAUCCUUGGUUCUCCGAUCAAGAGUCCAGGUUGGUGGGUAUGUACAAGUAUACAAAGGGGACUUGACAUUCGCAACUGUACGAGGGGCUGGGCAUAUGGUACCAAGCAUCCAGCCUGUGAGAGCACUUUCAUUGAUCAGUCACUUCCUUUCUGGCACACCUCUCCCAUAGCCAAAGUCAAAACAUAGUGCCUAAUUUCUUUUGUUACGUAUGCUUGCAAUUCUUUGUUUCACUUCUGGAAACGAUAGUCUGAUAUAUAGCUUGUUUUCGCUUUCCUUUUGUUCGUUAACAAGCCAGAAUUCGCUGUGAUAAUCAGUUACCUAAACAACUUGACAGAAUGAAAUGAAAAUUAUUGUCCCUUACAGUUAAA